GCCAUUGGCGGGGAGAAGAUAAUGUUCUCGGAACAUCUGGGCCUGGCAGAGAUACAAAAAGGCAUCCGGGCAGGCCGCUACUUACAGGGCACUAUUCUCAUCAGCAGGGAGAAUUACCUGGAGGCCAACGUCAGCGUCAGGGACCAGGAACGAAUGAUAUUUGUUCAAGGCUUGCAGAACCUCAACCGAGCAGUUAAUGAUGAUGUUGUUGCCAUUGAGAUGCUGCCAGAAUCAGAGUGGAGCUGUCCCUCCUCUCUUGUGCUGGCGGAGGAUGAGUCCAUGGAUGAGGAGGAUGAGAUGAACCGAAUCAAUGACAGUGAAGCUCUAGUAUCCAAUAAAGUACCAAAGGAGCUGCGACAACCCACGGCUCGUGUUGUUGGAAUCAUCAAGAGAAACUGGCGGCAAUAUUGUGGCAUCCUCCAGCCCUCAAUUAUCAAAGAGAGGACCCGCCAUCUGUUCAUCCCUGCAGAGAAGAGAAUCCCCAAGAUCCGAAUAGAGACCCGCCAGGCUGAGACCUUAUCUUCCAAGAGGAUCAUUGUGGCCAUUGACUGCUGGCCCAGAAACUCCAGAUAUCCUUUGGGUCACUUUGUCCGAUGUCUUGGGGAGGUUGGAGACAAGGACACUGAGAACGAGGUUCUCCUUCUGGAGCAUGAUGUCCCACAUUCAAACUUCUCCGAAGCGGUGCUCAGCUUUCUACCCAAGAUGCCUUGGACUAUCACAGAGGAUGACUUGAAACGUCGUCGUGACCUGCGGCACUUGAAUAUCUGCAGUGUUGAUCCGCCAGGUUGUACUGACAUUGAUGAUGCUCUGCACUGCAGACUGCUGGACAAUGGUAACUAUGAGGUGGGUGUUCACAUUGCUGAUGUCUCUCACUUCAUUCGGCCCGGCAAUGCCUUGGAUCAGGAGGCAGCUAACAGAGGAACUACUGUUUACCUAACUGACAGAAGAAUCGACAUGGUGCCUGACUUGCUGAGUUCCAACUUGUGCUCACUACGUAGUGCCGUCAACAGGUUUGCUUUCUCUGUGCUGUGGGAAAUGACACCUGAAGCUGAGAUAGUCAACUGUGAGUUCACCAAGAGCAUUAUUGACUCCAAGGCUUCAUUAACCUACGCCGAGGCCCAGAUGAAAAUUGAUGAUCCAAAUGCUACAGAUGACUUGACUCAGAGUUUACGAGGGCUCAACCGAUUGGCUAAAAUUCUCAAGAAAAAACGCAUAGAUAAUGGAGCCCUGAGCCUGGCAUCCACGGAGGUCAGGUUUUUUGUCGACAGCGAAACCAACGACCCUAUUGAUGUGCAGGUCAAGGAACUGAGGGAGACCAACUCGAUGGUGGAGGAGUUUAUGCUUCUGGCAAAUAUUGCAGUAGCCGAAAAGAUCCAGCAAGACUUCCCUGACUGUGCACUGUUGCGGCGUCAUCCUCCACCACCAAAAUCCAACUUUGAUCCAUUGAUUAAAGCUGCAACUUCAAAGGGGUUUCAGAUUGAUGUGACAUGCGGGAAAGGCCUGGCGGACAGCCUGGACAAAGCUGUGGUGGCGGACAACCCUUACUUCAACACCAUGCUGAGGAUCAUGACCACCCGCUGUAUGAUGCAGGCCGUCUACUUCUGCAGUGGGAUGUUGCAGCCCGCAGACUACAUGCACUACGGCUUGGCCACCCCCAUCUACACUCACUUUACUUCCCCAAUUAGAAGAUACUCAGAUAUCAUAGCCCACAGGCUACUGGCGGUCAGUAUUGGUGCUGAUGCCUCCUAUUCGGAUCUGCUGGACAAGACCAAGAUUCAGGUAAUGCUAGUGCUAACAGAGAGAGCCUGUGCUAACAACUUAAACUUUCGGCACAAGAUGGCACAGUAUGCAGGUCGUGCUUCAGUGAACUUGCACACUCACCUGUUCUUCAAGAACAGGAUCCAGGAUGAGGAAGGGCACAUAUUGUUUGUAAGAAAGAACGCCAUCCAGGUCCUGAUCACCAAAUAUGGUCUGGAGGGGACCAUCUUUCUCACCAGUGACAGCCAGAAGACCAGUACAUUUGUUUACAAUGAAGAGACGGACACCCAGACAGCCGGCGAUGUGACUCUCCAUGUGUUUGACCCUGUGAUUGUCCAGUUGAGCAUUGACCGAUCCAACGUCCAGCACAUGAAACUCUCCCUCAAACUUGUCAAGCCAGUAGUACCCGGAUUUAGUGUCCCACCUGCCUCCUCACUAACUCCGGCAACUUGUGAGUCCUCAAGCCAAAUGCAGAAACCUCCACAGAAGAGAAAGAAAGUGUGA